AUCUCUCCUAAGACAUAUCUAUGCUCCUAAGUAACUAUCAAAACGUUGUCAGAAAUAUUCUUUCCUUAUUUUCUAGUUAUCCUAGUUAUUAUAAUUUGCCAGGAAUAUAAAAAAUAAGUGAACCUUGCCGUAAUAAGCAAAAGUAAACUAUACUUUUAACAUUUACUACUACAAAAAUGGCCGAUAAGUUCGAUAAGGAUUCACCAGACCCAUUGGUCAUGGAACGUGGCAAGUGUUUAGAAAAAAACAGCAAAGUACAAAAGAUGGCAGGUGUACUACAAGCAUGUGAGCAACGGGUGACAUCAAAAUCCUAUACAGCGGAGACAUGCAGCCAGGAGGUCGUUGAUUUGAUGGAGGCACUCGACCACUGCGUUGGCAGCAAGGCUUUCGUAAAGAUGGCUUGAUUUAAAAUAUAGACGUAAUAAUUCUGGUUUAAGACUUUUAUUAGUUCCAUAAAGGAAUUUCCACUUAUAUGAAACUUACAGGCUAUGGUUACAGAGUUCAAAAUUACAUUUUAGAGCGCACAAUUAUUAUAGAUGUGUUAGUAGACAAUUAAGAUAUGUUAUUUCAAUUUCUAACUUCUAAUACAUAAUAAUAUUAUAAUAUUACACUAGUGGGUAGAUUUAUACUUAAAUUCUUAAAGUACCAUCGCAACAAAAAAUAUACGAGCGCGCGAGGUCCAAUAGUCAGCGCGAGCCACAGCUGAGCUGACUGAGCUGACUCAC